UCCGUUUUCCACGUAACAAACAAAAUUAUGACCCAAUCUUCAUCCUACUGGUGGUCAUAUAGCCGCUGUCUUUGAUGAUUUCAAAUGUGUCUGAGAAGCGAACAAAGAGGACUUCUAGCAGGGAGGAGGAGAGGAUAUAUACAGGGUCUGAAAGGGUAGAGAACAUAUAGAUAUAUUCAGUGAGUAUAUGACAAUUAUUGAUGCGGUGUGGAAGAAUAUCAGUGGAGGGGGAAGCAGAAGAAGUGAUUUCUCCCAAGCCCAGACAGAGGAAGAGAUCUCAUGGGAAGAAAUCUUCUAAUCCCUUUUCUGGUGUUGGCCUUGAUAAGUUUGCCAGUUUGAAUGCAGAGCUCUCUGCAAAAAGGGAGUAUGUUGCUAGGAAGACAGGCACCCCUGAGUCCAUGGUGAGGUUUGUGUAUACCAGCAAAGGAUGGGUGCCUGUUGUUGUCAGGCAGAGGCAUGGUGGGGGGGUUUCAGGCAAGCCAGGGACCAGAGCAGAGCAGAAGAUGCAGAGGAAGGAGAAUCAUGGGACUAGGCCAAAGGAGGAGGAUAGGAGAGGUGAUGAUGUGAAGGUCAAGGGUGAUGAAAUUGAAGGGCAUGGGAAUGGUGCAGAUGGAUCUGCAAUCAGUCAAGAGAGUGAAGUUGUGAGUAUGAUGCCAUGGUGGUCUGGGUAUGUGAAGACAACUGCUUUUGGGGUGCUGACUGUGAGUGCUAUCAUGGUCAGAAAGUCUGCAGGUCCUGCAGCAGCCAUGGCUGUGGUUAUGGUGGUGGGUUACCUGCAGAAGAGGUGGCUUGGUGGUGUCUUGUGCAUGAAGAGAUUCAUAAACUCUGGGAUCUCCUAUUUCUCUGAGCUUUUUCUGCACUGGAAGAAAACCCCAGAUGUUGAAAGGAUGCCCUUGAGUUUGCCUGAACAAGAAAUCCAGCAACCUCUGGCAUCUCCACAGCACAAGAUGAUCGUUAGUAAAAAGGUUCCUAAAGGGGGGCCUCUGCUUUGCUUCAGUGCACCCUGCAGCCCUAGACAGAGAGGGCAUGCUAAUGCUGCCUUCUCUGCACCCCUCAAGAGUUUGGAAGUCAAUACCCAACUGGAGAGUAAGGUCCCUGUACCUAGUAAGGGCCAGGAGAUCAAUGCCCAACAGUAUGGUAAGAUAGUUAAUCAUAAUGAUAAGGGUAAGAUGGGAAUUGAUAAGGAUAAGAAGAAGUUUGGAAGGAUUUUGUCCUUGGAUAGUCAGCCAACGAAUUCAAUCAGAUUACACAAGGCAGAGAGUUUUGUGAGGAGGAGGAAGGCAGGAAGGAGAGCCAUUGAUGCCACCAUUGGUGCCUCUGUGAUGAUUGUUAUUCUCUUCUUUCUGAUUGCCUAUGGCAGGAUCUCUGCAAUCUUCUUCACAUCUGCUUGGUGGUAUGUGCUUCCAAAUCUCAGAACUGGUAAUUCUAAUAGAAGAGCAGAUUGCUAAUGGAUUCUGAUCUGGAAGAAGGUUGUCAUGGAUGAAUUGACUUGCUUCACAGCAGAUGUAUCAUGUGAUUGCAGUAUACAUAGGUCUCUGUUGUGCAAGGAUUCAGUCAAUAUGAGAUGUCUUAGGGAAAAGAGAUCUUGAUUUCUGAAGACAUGUGAAUCAUAUUUCUUGAUUUUCAGAGUUAUUCUGUGUUGGUGCCCUCUAGUUUGGGGAUUGAUAAUGAGCUGAAUUGUGAAGAAACCCCUAAUUGGAUGCAUCUCCAGUGGUUUUUGGAGUUCUCUAAAGCUUUGUUAAUGGUGUGCAGAGGUUAAAUUUGAUUGUUAUUCAAGCCAAAAGGAUAAAUUGAAUAUAGUCAGUAGAUGGUUGCAGAAAAGCAGCCACAACACUCGCAAAAAAAAAUCUGCUGUAAAUAUCCUUUGAGUGUA